AUUAAGUAUCUUAAAUUUCUUUUUAAUAUAAAUUGUAAUCUUUUUUAAUUACAAUUGUUACAAAACAUCUAAUAAUGUCUAACGAUGAAGAAGUAAUACGUCGGCGAUUACUCAUAGAUGGUGAUGGAACAGGAGACGAUCGUAGAAUUAAUAUGUUAUUGAAAUCGUUUAUAAAAUGGAUCAACAGUUCCGAUGUAGACAAUACGCUGCACGAAAGAAUGCUGUCGCAAUUAGCACAAUGCGAAUUUGCACAGAAAAAAUCCAGAUUAGUUUCAAACAUGAGUCGAGAAGAAUUAAAAAGCUAUGAGAAGCUAUCAAAAGAAAUUGAAGUACAAAUAGAGAAGGCGAAGGAAGACAUAGAGAAAACUAAAGCUGAACUGCAAGAUGCCAAACGUGUGAGAAAAAAUAGAAUAGAGUAUGAUGUACUAGCCAAAGUCAUUAAUGAACAACCAGAUCGUUUGGAAACACAUAUCAAGCUUGAAACAUUGCAACAAGAAUUAGGUGCUUUAAAGUUUUACAGUGGUCUCUUCAUAAUAAUGAUACUUUUAGGCAGAAUAGAUAUAUAUGUAAUUACUGAGUUGUGUCCAAAGAAUCAAAUGGCGGAUAAAAAUAUUGAAGUAAUCCAUAAGUUUCUUUUGGAUCAUAAUUUUGAAAGUACUGCUGAAGCUUUAAUUCAAGAAGCUUUAAAAAUGGGCUUUCAAACUUUGAAACAUAAAUUAGGAAAAGUAAUAGAUCCCUAUGUUCAACUAAUGCUAUGCUACAAUAUGGGAGAUUAUUCAACGUUUUUUCAAGAUUUGAGCAAUUUAGACAAUAUAAAUUCCAACAAAACGCAAUUGCAGAAUUUAGUACAAGUUCAUACCAUGCCAGUAACAAAAACAAUAGCUAUGGAAUCUGGUGUUGCACAAAAUAAAACUAUAAAGAAUAAUAUACCGAUUGUGCCAAAUGAUAGAGAUUUACCUAUAUUUCUAGAUAACGACGAGGAGCAGUAUUAUUUUUCUAAAACAAGUUUGAAGUCAAAAAGCACACAAACGCAUAUUAUUGGAAGUCAAAUUAUAAUCAAUAAUUUGCGAGAAGAUAUAAUAAAUCCGGAAGAAAGUGUUAGCAAUUUGUUAAAAAUGCACAAGUCAGACAAAAGAUUGAUUCAAUAUGAUCGUGAAUUAGUAGUAACCAAAUCUCGUUUGUGUAGUAUACAUACAAAUUAUGAAAAAUUAAAAGUGAGAUUUCACAAGUUGCACGCGGAUUAUCAUAAACUAAUAGAUGUUGCCAGGGAAUUAACAAUGGCAUUGGAGAAUUCAGUGAAAGGGCAAAAUAUUGAUAUACAACGAACACUCGAGAUUUGUAUGAAGAUAUUUCCAGAUUUAUUUAAUCAAAAUAUAAGAGAGACUUCGUAUCCGUCCUUGUUACAACUCGACCGUAUUAACGUAAAAGCAAUUACACUGCCUAAACUUGAUGUCACAGCAGUACCAGUAUCUCCCAAAUUAUUAGAUUAUAAAAAGAUCAAAUUACAUCUAAUUAGUGGAGAUGUAAAGACAAAGUUGUUGCUGUUACAAGCAUUGCGUUGGAAAAUAACGCUCAUGCAAUCAGCAGAACAGGAUGAAAUCCUACAUGAAUAUAUAAGUCGUGAUUUGUUGGGACUUCACGGACAGAUUGCUAGUGACAAUGGCAAGUCAAUUCUACCAUGUCUGUUGACAGCAGGAGAAGCUUACGCCAGGCAUCUUUUGCAACAAUUCACUGCGCGAUUGCUAAACACCUUGGCAUCCUUCAGAUGCGGAAGAGAUUAUCUAUCAGUUGGAUCCUCUGUUAUAAACGUGACCUUUGCUUGUCUCGACAAUAAUUACGCUGACGGAGUGGAUCCUUUUGCUUGUGACAUGAUGGUGGCGAUGUUACAAAAACUAUCUUUACGUAGACAACAACGAAUAUAUAUGAUAGAGAGUGGAUUACUGGAAUGGUUGAUUAAUCAUCUACACGAUAAAUGUCGCAUCAUAAGUUUAUAUAGGCUCGAAUACGCUACUGCACUUUUAAUGAAUUUAUCAUUGCAUCGGCUAGCACAAGCCAGAGCGUCCAAAAUAUCUUCAUUACUCAUGUCUACCUUGAUCGUUCUUCUCUCAAUAAAUUAUACAUCUUCAUUACCGUACAUCAAUGGAGCGCUAAACAAUUUUUUGAACAAUCCCGUAAUCAACGAGGAAGCAAAAAAAAUUAAGCGUUCGAAUAUAUCAGAAUAUCUUGGUAAUAAUCAGAAAUCUGCGGAAAUAAGAAAGCAUUUAGAUCAUGUAUUGAGGAUACAAAGAUGCGAAAAUGUUAACACACCGCAGAACGAUGAAACCGGGGAUGAUGACAACGAAGACUUGGAUGUGUUAGAAAGUGAAUUAGACGAAAACGAUCCAUUGCAAAAUUAUAUUGGCGAAUUGAAUGGAGAAACGUUGCUUGCAAUGUGUUACAGUAUUUCUUCGAAAAUUUCUCAAGAGACUGUAAAUACGGAUACGACUCUGCAGCAAAUAUCUACGCUGAAUUCUAUCGAUUUUUAUGGCAAUCAACACAAGAACCAUGUCUGUAAUAAACAUCCAUCAUAUCCUACGCUAAGGGAUAGCAGUGAAACUGUGGUAACAUCUUCUACAAUUCUUGUACCCGAUCGUGAAAAUGGCCAAGCGGAAAUUCAAGAGAAAUUUAGUAGUAUAGCAUCGCUGAAUAGUAAUAACUGUAACAGCAAUAUAAUUAACGAUACUUCAUGGAAAGAUGAUCCAGAACUUGCUAAAGAAGAAGAGGCAUUUUUAGCCAAGCCUAAAUUAUCAAGGACUCCUCCAUGA